AUGCAACUCAAAAUCACCCUGGCGCUCUUGGGCGCCAUGUGCUCUUUUGGCAUGGCCUACCCCCCGCAACAACGGCCCUAUCAUCCUACAUCCAUGGGCCAACCCUCCCCAGCAUCUGGCAGCUACACCAACACUGGCUUCGGCGCCCGCACCAGCAGCCACGGCAGCGGGUACACUUACGUAGGCAACGUUGGUAACCCCUGGGGCAGCAACAUCAUCGAAAUUUCGGAAGCAGACGUAUCCAAGUACAAAUACGUCGCCGAAUUCUCAGGACAAAACACCGAAACGUGGCUCGUAGUCAUCUGGAACAAAAUCGGCCCUACAGGCAAACUGGAUGGGCACUUUGGCAACUCGGCCCUCUCCUUCUCCCUCGCUCCAGGGGAACACAAAUUUGUGGCCUUUGACGAGAACACACAGGGGGGUUUCAGCGCGGCUCCUGGCAACGCACUUCCCAGGGGAAAGUAUGGGUCGUAUUCGUCCACAUGGGGUGAAUUCGAUUUUGGCAGCGAGGUCAAUUAUGGCUGGUCUGGCUUUGACGUCUCUGCGAUCCAGGCACAGCUGGCUGGUCAACAGGUGCAAGGGAUGAAAAUCUGUGGUAAUGGCCAAUGCUCGUCAAUCAGCCCUGGCGGAGGUGUGAACAAUGCCUAUACAGCCAAGGACGCCGCAAAGGGCGGUAUUGGUGGUAAUUUGCCUCCUGGUCCUGUUAAGCUGGAGGUUAUCAUUGAUUUUGAACGAUAA